ACCCAGUGAUGUCGACAGAGACUCCACGUCCAGUAAGGUCACGUUUGCAGGUACUUGAGAUUAGGUCCUGAACACGUCUUUUUGGGAGGAGGCAGUGGAGACCAGAACGAGGAGUAGAAGAGGAUGGGUGUUUGUGGAAGAACCCUUAUAAUGUUCUCAAAAGGUUACGGUGUCCGGUUGUGACACAUCGUGUGUACAGGUGUGGCAUGUGCUGGAAGUGGAGAGCUGCCGGUUUCCUUAGAUGCAGGCCAUGCUCUCGGGGCUGAGGGGUGCAGAGAUGCCAGGAGCGUGGAGUGGGAACCACAGGCUUUUUGUUAAGUUGCUCGCAGGCCAGACUUCCUUGGCCUUUUGUGUUGGUUUCUGUUGAGGACGUUGAAGUGGCCUUCCGGGUCUGUUCCAGCGACUGCCCGGCUGGUGCACACGCCUGAUCUACGAUCUCAGGCCCCCGUGGUCUCCGGCACAGGGGCACAGAGGCCGGACCAGCACAUGGAGGUUGUCCUCCACGACCCUCUCUGCCUUUGAGCUCUUCACGAUUCCAGCAUAACACGCGAGCAUUCCAGGGAACAAGAAAAAUCCCGUCAGCCACCCAACUUGCGCAUCCCUUGCUUGGGGCACCGUGAAACCCUUGGCUGACUGUCCCUUUCUUCCUCCAGACGAUUUGCAGCGGGAGUUGAUGACCACAUGCCAUCUGCUGGAAGAACUGGGGAUCGGCAGUUUAGAAGAAAACUUGAAAGCUCUGGACCUGCUGAGCGAACUUAAGGAAACGACCCAAAAAAAGGAUCUGGAGCUCCGAAGGAGCUUCGCCCAGGUGCUGGAACUCUCCGCCGAGGCAAGUAAAGAGGCGGCCUUAAUCAACCAGGAGGUCUGGGAAGAAGCCCAGGGCCUGGAGGCCCCCAGCCGGUGGUACUUCAAUCAAGAAGGCGCCUGUGGGGAAGCUCCGGGAGAGGUCGGGACGCCACUCCUGUUGGGCGCUGGUGAGCCACACGCGGUGUGAGUCUAUACGCAGGCCAUGUCCCCCCCGCACAAGUGGGGACCUCCCUGCAAACCGCCGGGAGGAAAGCCCACCUCCUCCCCCUGGCUCAGGGCAUACGUGUGCCAUGGCGCGUGUGAUGCUGUGGGAACUCAAGCACUUUAGACACUAGUUUGGCAAUGUAGCUGUUUUUGUAUGAGCGUAUCACUUGAUAUUUAAAGAAUAAAACUUUUGCAUUUGAGCCUUGGUUGCUACGUCAGGGGCCAGGAGAA